GACGGCAGGAAACCCCCUACCACCUCCCCACCUCCCUUCCUCCCCCCACCCGGCCGCCUCCUCACCCAGCGCAGUCAUUCAGGCUGCUGAUGGCUGCUGGCUGCGCGUGCGGCGGGUGCAGCAGGGCGCGCGUGCUGAGCGCGGUUUGAUGCGGCGGAGUUUAUGUGCUGAGGGCUGGAAGGUGCGCGCGGAGACCCGGGUCAGUGUUGUAUUGUAUUGCACGCGGACUGUGUUAUAAAUUAAGGGAAUAAAAGCAGAUUUUUAAAGUUUACUAAGGGCCGUUUUGGGGUAAACGCAGCGAGGAUGGAGCGCGUGACGGAAGUUUGUAAAGGUCGCAUGCUGGGCAUCUCGGUAGCCAUCGCGCACGGAGUGUUCUCGGGCUCUCUGAACAUCCUGCUGAAAUUCCUCAUCACCACCUACCACUUCACCUACCUCACCCUCAUCCAGUGCAUGACCAGCACCACGGCCGCGCUCACGCUCGAGACGCUGCGCAGACUCGGCAAGGUGGACAUCCCGCCCUUCAGCUUCCACCUGGCCAAAGUUUUCGCCAGCGUGUGCGUGCUGUCCACGCUGCAGUCCACGCUCACGCUGUGGUCCCUGCGGGGGCUCAGCCUGCCCAUGUACGUGGUCUUCAAGCGUUGCCUGCCUCUGGUGACGCUGGGCAUCGGGGUGUGCGUGCUGAGGAACGGGACCCCCAGUGUUGGGGUGGUGGUCGCCGUGCUCAUCACAACCGGAGGGGCGGCUCUGGCAGGUGCUGGUGACCUCACCGGUGAUCCCUUUGGCUAUGUGACCGGCAUUUUGGCUGUGAUUAUCCACGCCUCCUACCUCGUGCUCAUCCAAAAGACUGGAGCGGAUAGCGAAUAUGGCCCGUUAACUGCCCAGUACACCAUUGCCAUAGUGGCCUCCCCUGUGCUGCUUAUUUGUUCUUUUGUGAGCAUGGAUGCCAUCGACAUGUGGACGUAUGAGGGCUGGAAGAACCCCUUUAUCACAGGCAUCUUCUGCUCCUGCAUCUUCAUUGGCUGUGCCAUGAACUUCACCACACUUCACUGCACCUACAUCAAUUCAGCUGUGACCACCAGCUUUGUGGGAGUUGUGAAAAGCAUUGCGACCAUUACUGUGGGCAUGCUAGCGUUUACUGAUGUGGAGCCCACCAAACUGUUUAUAGCAGGUGUAGUGGUUAACACCGUUGGCUCCAUCACCUACUGCGUGGUGAAGUACUACGAGACCCAGAAGAAACUCAAAUAUCAGGAUAUGGACGAGGCGGCCAAGGGCGAUGAACCAGCUGGAGAUCCAUACGUGGACCCACCGUCCAAAGGUGACGGAGAAUUGGAAAGUUUCGCUAAUGGCAGCCUGAGUGGAACAUUCAGUGGCAAUGAGAUGAGUCCAGUCCGUGAAAAUAAAGUAGCAGAGUCCAUAGAGUUAGAAAGACCAGCAUUUCUGGAGAACGAGCAACCAAGCCAGUCUUUAAGUGACAAUUAUGUCGGGGUCUGGAGGUCGGUUCGCACCUUAAAGUUCCUAAAGAAGGACCCUUUAAUUGAGAACAUGGAAGUUCAAAGUCCUUGAUGAAGGGCCUCCUGUUUAAAAGAGGUUGCUAAGCAUGCUAAGCUAAAGUGUCGUCACAGACUGACAGCGGGAACAUGAGCAAUGUUCGCCUAUUCCUCGCUGUCUUAAAUGAGUAGCUCAACCAAACAUGCUAACACGCCUAACAGUGAAUAGUGGUUAGGAUUCAUGUCAUUUACAUGAAUAUUGGUGGUUAUCCACUGUUGGCAUUAGCAUUUAUGACUGAACUAUUCCUUUAAACCUGGUUUUAAGGAAAGCAAGUAUUUUUUAAAGAAAUGUUAUAGUCUGUUUUUACAGCACUGUGUAAAAAUCAGAGACCACCCAUCAUCUGUUUCAUUUCCAGUCAGAACAGCCAUUAAAUGUUCAUUAAUAAGUAUUUUUUUUUAUUUUAAAUUGGACAAAAGAAAGUUGGAGUAUUUCCAGCUUGACACCAUCCUAGUCAUGAUGUCAUUGAUGUUGAGGUCUGGAGUAUGGGGUGGUCAUAGCAGAACAGCAGCAGAUUCUUUAUUCUGAGUGUGGAGGAUGGACAUGAAUAACCUGUGGAUGUUUUCAGAUCUAAUGUGAAAACAGAUUUUUUAAAGACUUUUAUCUGUCUUUAAUACAAAUUGAAUUCAAUAGACAAAUAUUUUUGUGUACUUUUUUCUAUACUGAAACUAAAAAUUUUCCCCCACAUUUUUAACUCCUUUUCUUCCUUAUGGAAAUGAGUUGUGUUAUAUCUAACCCCCUGAGAAACAUCUUUCUUCGCAUUUAAUGGAUGCUUUGAUUGGAAAUUAAAUACAUGAAGGGUGGUCUCUGGCUUUAAAGUACUGUAUAUUGGCUGGAGCAAAACAAUGUUGGCUGCUUUUAAGAGCGUAUGAGUGUUACAUUGAUAUGUUUGUGCUGAGUGAUCAGUUUUCCCAGGAACACGGCAGUCAACUGAUCCAAAUGAAUGAAAAAAAAAAUCUGAUUUAGAAAAUGCUAAUUUCUGAUUUAUGCCGACACAGUACAGUACAUGUAUAAAUCAGGCAGAUGUGCUGGUGUAUGAAAUGUGAAACUACAUCUGAUCUCCGACUUUAUUUUUAAUGGAUAUUUAUAUUUUAUGUGUAUGCAGUGUCUGAGUUGUGUUCCAUUUGAAAUGCGGUAUCUGCAUGUAUCGUCAUUUCAAACUAGUUUUAUAUGAAAAGCUUGAGAUGCUCAUGUCAUCUCUAAUGAUAUGGCCUUUAUUCAAGUCAUCCGCCAGCCGCUGUGAUCGCGCUGCCGUUGAGAAAUGUUUUUGAAUUGCCAGUGGAUGGUGGUGAUAAGGUUCACUUAACAGCAAAACAAUCUAAAUUCGUUUUUGAAAGAUCCAGCCAGGGGCAAAAAAGACAUUAAGUUAUCCUUUAUGUUGAAGUCAGUAUCAUUAGAGCAUGUGUUACCUCAGUUUGUACAGCUGAGAGGCUUCCAGCCAACAAACCCCAAAGCACGACCACCUUCUGGGACUGUGAGCACUGCAAUCCUUUUCAAAAACUGUCUGAAGCAAUUUCAUAUGUUCUGUGUAAAGGGAUGCCUUCGUGAUUAAAAGAGCGCAUAUCUGAA